CCAUCCAAAAAAGCUGCAAUCAUCUGAAUCGGAAAGUAAAUCAAAGAAGAAGAAAUCUGCGUUUUUUGUUUGGUGGAGAGAGUGAGAGCUUCGCAGGAACUGAGUCAUCGGAAUUUGCGGAUCGAUUCUGUUUUGUUUGUACUGGAAUUUUGUUAAUUGAAGUUGAUCAAAGAUGAUGCCUGUGUACACGGACCCAUCACAAUCAUGUCAAAUGAGACCACAAGGAUACUAUUAUCAAGGUUUUGGUAAUAACUCUCAGCAUAUGACAAUGGAUGCUCCACCACCGUGUCAUGGAAGCUGCGUUCACAGCAACUUUCCUGCAUACAACGCUUACUGGCCUCCUUUUUACCCGCCACAACCACAAGUACCGUACCAUCAAUGCUGCAUGAAUCAUGCUGGGUUCCAUCCUCCUCACGCGUCUUACGCUCCUCCUUGUUAUGUUCAUCCACCAUUUCCAGUUGGUUAUCAACCUUGGUAUGAUGCUGACAAGGAUGUGCCUGGGAAGCAUCACUGUGCAAAAUGUUCUCCUCAGAUAUGUAACCCGAAGAAUGGCAGAGGCGUUGUGAUUGAAGAGCAUGAGCCCGAAAUUGAGAAAGGAAAACAAGGAGAAGCUGUACUUCCAGUUCGUUCGACCAACUGCCCUUACCCAAUUAUAUGGAUUCCUCAUGAGAAUGCUAGGAAUCAGGAACAUGGAAGCUCUUUUGGGUCAGGGAACCAUAACCAGCCUUCUGCUGACGUUAAAGCUCCUGAGAAUAUGACAAUACAGAAAAGUUUUCCUCAGUCUUGGCAUGGCUGUUUUCCAUUCGACGAGAGCACCAUGAAAUCAUUGGUACAGAAUCAAGACAGGAAGAAGGCCCAGAAUGGGAAAACCGUCGAACUCCCAUUUGAUAUCAGCAAGUUGAAAUCCUUAUUGCAAGGUCAAGACAUGAAGGAAGCGCAAAUCCAGAAGAACAAGGAAGAGUCGGGACAGCUUACGUAUCCUACUUCUUGGACUCCAUCUCGUGGGAAACGGGAUGAUGUUGAAGCUUCUGAGAGUAGUAAUGAAGACAGGAAAACGAUGCAGAAUGGGAAAACUGUGGAAUACCCAUUUGAUAUCAGCAAGUUAAAAUCCUUAUUGCAGGGUCAAGAUGUGAAGGAAGCACAGAACCAGAAGAACAAAGAAGCGCCUGGACAGGUUCCGUAUCCUAUUUUUUGGAUACCAUCUUAUGAGAAACAGGAAGAUGUUGAAGCUUCUGAGAGUAAGGAGAGUAGUAAUGAAGGGCGUAACUUGGAGUCUUGCUCCUCUGAUCUCCACGUUAAUGAAGGUCAGAAAACCCAAAAAGAAGGCAAAGAAAGGAACUUUGAGUGCAAUGUUCUCUCAGAUGCGGAUGAGAAGAAUUCUGUAAGAAAUAUCCCAGUGGAGAACCAUCUACAGGAACCAAGAAAUAUUCCCGUGAAACUAUCAGAAAAUCAUCUGCCUAAACCAACGGAGCCGACCAAAAGGUUUGCAAAGAAUGAGCCAGUUAAGGACACAAAAAAGGAGCAGUCUUCGUCAUCAUCGAAAGCAUCCAAGUUACCUCCGGUUUGUCUGCGUGUUGACCCGUUGCCGAAGAAGAAAAAUGGUGGUUCCAAAUCAGUAAAUCAUUCUAAACGGAUGGAAGAAUCUAAGGAGACUAAGAUCGCGUCCCCACUGCGCUCCAAGAAGGCUGAAUCAACGACUGUUCCUGAGGCUUGUAAUGUAAAAUGUGAAGAGGCAAACGAAGAAAAGAAGAUGGCUGAGGGAAGCCUAAACGCAUUAGGAACAGAAAAAGAAUCAGUUGAGGGCAAUUCUAAUCUCCAAGAAGUAUCAAACUGUGAGAUUGUUAAACCUUGUGAAGCUAAGGAGAAUAGAGAACUGCCUGCAAAGAAGACCUUUUCAGAAGAGGAAGCUGCUAGAAUUAUCCAAUCUAUGUACCGCGGAUAUGAAGUGAGAAGAUGGGAGCCAAUUAAGAAAUUGAAGGAGAUAGCCACUAUCCGUGAGCAGAUGGGCGAUGUUAAAAGGCGUAUUGAGGCGUUAGAAGUUUUUAAUGAUCAGCACAUUGAAGAGAAGGAGAUUAUAGUUAAUGGAGAAAUGGUGAUGAACCUUCUAUUAAAAUUGGAUGCUGUCGAGGGCUUGCAUCCUAGUAUAAGAGACUUCAGGAAAUCUUUGGCCAGAGAGCUCUCAGACAUUCAAGACAAGCUUGACUCCUUGAAAAAUAGCUGCGCCAGUGCAGAGAAAGAGGCUGUAAAGGAACAAGUGGAAAUUAAAUCUCAGCCCAGUGACUCUCCAGUGAACUUGGAGCACUCCCAGCUCGCAGAAGAGAACAAAAUGGUAUCUGACUCGAAUCUAGAGAAGGUUCUUCUCCUGUCUCCCGAGGAACAUCCUAUGAGCGUCUUGAGUAGAACAGAUGAAAACCAGGCUGAACCGGCUGCUGAAGCAGAAAAGGGAUCCGGAAUGUUUGAAACCUUGGCAACGGAUUCCGAGCAAGCUACUGAAAAUGCAGCGGCUACUUCCUCGACAACCACUCCAGAGAAAAUUGGAGAGGCUGAGACUGUUGUUCCAUGUAAUUCACCGUCAGCUGAUGGAAAUGGAAUGACAGUAACCAACGUCGAGGAAAACAAAGCCCUGGUGGAAAGUUUGGAGGAGCCAAUAAACGGAUUGCCGCAAGUGGUGGAAGAGACUGAAACAAACUCUACACGGGAGCCGGAGAAUGCUAGUGAAGUCUCUGAAGCCGAGGCCAACGCAUCAGAGAAUGAAGACCGAAAAGGAGAAGAUGAUACUGUAUUGCAUUCAGAGAAAGAUGUCGAGCUCUCAGAGCUACCUGUUGGAGUGAUUGACGAGGAAACAGAGCCUCUUUCACAAGAUUCAUCAUCUUCAUAUAUUCGUGAAGGGAAGAUGACUGCAAUGGACCCUAAAACAGCGAGCCAUGAGGAAACUGAAGUUGACCACUCGCCCGAUAAUUCCAAAGGCAUUGGCCAAGAAACUUCAGAGCCACAAGAUGAAAAAGAACAGUCUCCAGAGACAGAAGUCAUUGUGAAAGAACAGCCUCUAGAGCCAGAAGUUAUUUUGAACGAACAGCCUCGGGAACCUGGAAUCACUGAACCUGAGAUAUCAAAAGAAACCAAAAAGCUGAUGGAGGAGAACCAGCGAUUCAAGGAAACGAUGGAGACGUUGGUUAAGGCAGGCCGAGAACAACUAGAAGUCAUAUCGAAAUUAACCAGUCGGGUCAAAAGCCUUGAGAAAAAACUGUCACAUAAGAAGAAGACACAGAUCAGACGUCGUGCAAGCAAACAAAUGUCCGCAAGUCCGACCGAUGCCGUACUGUAACACCCAGAAACACUUAUAUGUCUCAAUUCCUCAGCUAUUAUAUUUGUA